UCGGAGAGGGCGAACCCUGCCGGUGCACGGGCUGCGCGCUCGAGGGGCGGGUGCUGCUGCUGGGCGCCGCGGCGGCUGGUGCGGCUGCAGGCGGAGCAGUGAUGCCGGCUGCAGGGCGGCGUUUGGCAGCGGGAGCCCAGCACGGAGCGGCGUGCGCCCAGGUGGGCGAGGGCGGCGAGCGUGGCCGGUAAGGGACGUUUAUGUUCCCACUGCAAUGCUAUGGCUCAUCUGAAGAACCAGGAAGAUGGCAGUAUUGCACAGAGCAUAGCAAUAAUGGCAGCACAAUGGUUUAUCAAUAUACAGUCCGCACUGGUUUCGUAUGUGACAAGGAGGCAAGAAAACAGUGGAGAAUGGCAGUAGAGAUGAUGCAGAUAAGCAAGAAAGAAAAAUUAAGGACAAAAAGUUUCUGAAAUGUCAGAUUGUGCACUUCAAAAGAAUACCAUAAAGGCUCAUCAUUUUAAUCAAUUAUUGAUUACACCUUGGGGACUUUCCAUCGAUUCGACUCGAUGCUGCUUUUAAAAUGACUUUUAUGAAGUCUACUCCGGCCCUGAUCUUUACAUGGAAAUAACAGAAAAUUCCAAGAAAUGGAAGCCCCUGCUAGUAAAAGAAGAAAAGCUGAGUAUCACCACAGUUAAUAGCUCCUAUUUGAGAUCCAUGAAUGCUUACAGAGUUACUUUCCUAUAUCGAACUUUCAAGUUUCAUUAAUAAUAUGCUGCCUUCCUGGGACACAGGUGCACUCCUGGUACGAAGGCUAUUUAUUUGUUGCAUGGAGGAAUAGAGGAGCUAGAGGAACAAUGGCUUCAAAGGUCUCAUGCUUAUACGUCUUGACAGUAGUUUGUUGGGCAAGUGCUCUCUGGUACUUAAGUAUAACUCGCCCUACUUCUUCCUACACUGGCCACAGACAACUCAGUAGCAUAACCAUAGCCAGAAAAAAUGUUUCCUUUGGCAACAUAAGAACUCGACCUAUAAAUCCGCAUUCCUUUGAGUUUCUUAUCAAUGAACCCAACAAAUGUGAGAAGAGCAUCCCUUUCUUGGUCAUUCUUAUCAGCACAACUCACAAGGAGUUUGAUGCAAGGCAAGCCAUUCGAGAAACGUGGGGAGAUGAAAACAACUUUAAAGGAAUCAAAAUUGCCACACUAUUUCUUCUUGGAAAAAACACAGACCCAGUGUUAAAUCAAAUGGUAGAGCAAGAAAGCCAAAUUUUUCAUGACAUUAUUGUGGAGGAUUUUAUUGACUCUUAUCAUAACCUCACUCUGAAAACAUUGAUGGGAAUGAGGUGGGUAGCAACGUUUUGUUCAAAAGCAAAGUACGUUAUGAAGACAGACAGUGAUAUUUUUGUAAAUAUGGAUAAUCUUAUUUAUAAGCUGCUCAAACCUAACACCAAGCCAAGGAGAAGGUACUUCACUGGUUACGUUAUAAAUGGAGGGCCAAUAAGAGAUGUUCGCAGUAAGUGGUACAUGCCGAGAGAUUUGUAUCCUGACAGCAAUUACCCACCCUUCUGUUCAGGUACAGGCUACAUUUUUUCAGCUGAUGUAGCAGAACUGAUUUACAAAACCUCCCUUCAUACCAGACUUCUUCACCUUGAAGAUGUGUACGUCGGACUCUGUCUUCGGAAGCUGGGCAUUCACCCUUUCCAAAACAGUGGCUUCAAUCACUGGAAAAUGGCCUACAGCUUGUGCAGGUACCGCAGGGUGAUCACAGUGCACCAGAUAACACCAGAAGAAAUGCACAGAAUUUGGAAUGACAUGUCCAGCAAGAAACAUCUUAGAUGCUAAGAUUUUUACAGAUGUAAAUACUUCUUUUUUU